GUCAUGUGCUCAACCUUGUCCUCCUAUAACACAAACAGAGACAGGAGAGGAGUCAAGAUCCAGUCACAACAUAAACCAGCUGGAACACAUCUUACUCAGUGGAUAUACUUCAAGGAGUGACUGUUUCUGCCUCUGCUUGUCACAUGCACUUACUGUAGUUAGAGGGGAUAGGCAGACUGAGUGUGAUCAUCCAGUAGCUGAGUGGCUGGUCAAUCCUGGACCAUGAGGCUUAGUGUGGCGUUGUUUUUUGCGGGGCUCUUUGGGGCGUUGGCAGCUGUGUUCAUCCUCCUUUCAUUUGGAACCGAUUACUGGCUGCUGGCCUCAGAGAGUUGCCACCCGAACCCUGAUGGAUCUGUUGGCCCGGGUGGUGUGACCAUAGAGCGUGGAGAUGUGUUGCUGCAGGAGAGCCCUAGUGAUAUCACUCUAUACCAUGAGGGGUUUUUCUGGAGGUGUUCAUUUGGAGGCAGCUUGGGUGAUGACAACCUGAUGUGGAAGCUCUGGUUCACAAAUCAGCCUCACUCAAAAGUGUGCAUGCACGCCUACCUCUUCCCAUUCCCCGUGUCUCAUCAGACCCACAAUGCAACAGAGUAUGAUUCAGCCAUAAUCUACAGGGGCUUCUGGAGCAUCUUCAUGCUCAUUGGUGUGGCAGCUGUAGUGCUCGGUGGGUUCUUCAUCAUCUGUGCUGCUCCGUUCGCCAGCCAUCGCUUGUAUAAAGCAGGCGGCGGCCUGUUCCUGGCAUCUGGUCUUUUCCUGCUGUGUGUGGUGGUUAUGUACGUACUGUGGGUGCAGGUGUUGGAUGUGGUGGAUCUCUACAUAGACCACCAGCGCUCUACAGUGUGUUCAGACUUCCAGCUGUCCCUCAACUAUGGUCUGUCCUUCAUGUUUGCCCCUGUUGGCAUCUUCUUCUGCCUCCUGGCUGGCCUUCUUUUCCUCCUCAUUGGCCGAACCGUCCAGAUUCACUGCCACUGACUUCAACCAGCAGCAGGUUAGAGGAAGAGUUGAGGCUUGAGGUGGUUGGACUCAGUGGUGUAGUCUACGUGAUGCGCAGGUAUAUGCAGUAUACCCACUAAGAAAGAUCCAGUAUUUCCAUAUAUAUACCCACUUAAAAUGCCCAAUGACAACAUACUUUCCAUUAU